UACCAAGCCAAGCCAGAGAACGGGACAGACUGGAGAGCAGCUUCAGGCCUGACUUGUUACAAAUGCCUGGGGACUCGGGAAAAUUGCACCAACCAGGAGCAAAUUUGUACUGAGAAUGAGACUGUAUGCAUGGAAGAAACACGAGCUACUUACGGCCCCAUGAGCGAGACCUUGAAGAGAGGAUGUACAACCCCCCAGCACUGCCAGUUAUACUUCGCUGUCCGUAGGGGGUUUGUUUCCCGAAGCAUCUACUGUUGUUCUCAGGAUCUUUGCAAUGCUGUUCCCUACAAUGUCACUUAUACAGCCAAGCGCAACGGAUUGGAAUGCUACAGUUGUAUAGGCAGCUUGGGUGAAUGUAGUGGGACUGAUGUUCCCACAGCCCAGUGCAGAGGCAGAGAAAAUCAUUGUGUGGAAAUCUCCCGUCAAUGGUUGCCAGAAACUGGUCUGGUGGAGCCUAUCAUCAAGGGCUGUGGAGAUUAUCCCAAAGAAGAACGACUGUUAGCAUACAGCAUAGGUAGCGAAACCAGCUACGUGGCUAUCCGAAUCUGUGAAGGCUCUAAGUGCAACAACAAUUCUUUCCCAGAAUUUUUGACCAGAGAGCCCAACGGGCUGAAAUGUUACAGCUGCUUAGAGGAAGGCAACGGAGAAUGCAACAUAGAGAACCUGCAACUGGCAGACUGCAUGGGAACCAUGGACCAGUGCAUGACUGUUCUAGAUUAUACCCACAACACCAGAAUCCGAGCUGGAUGUGCCAACCAGGAAUUCUGCCAAGAUACCACCUUCUAUGGAGCUUUGAUGCCCAAACUGCCAAUUAGUUACAUGAUAUGCUGCCAGAGUCCUUUCUGCAAUGGACAACCUGGCCAGGGAAUAAGUAGCACAAGAGUCCUUCUUAGCCUGCUGAUGGUGCCACUGUUCAUUGCUUUGAACCAGCAGACAGUGACCUCCCUCCAAAUCACCUCCCUCUAAACUUCUCCUUGCUUCUACCAUGGUUUGAACCACAAUCAUAGGGGACUGAAACAUGUAGAUAAGGCAACACUACUGAGGAGUUCAGCCUCUGGCUGAAGAGCCUGGCCACACGGUUCUGGAUGAGGGUUUUGACACCUACAUGAGAUCUUUUUCCUUAUGUUGAUUAAUUAUCCAGAGGACCAAUUCCUACAGACGUGAUGAAAGUAGAUAAUCAUUUAUGAUGGGCAAACCAUACCUAAAGUGCUACUGAGAUGAUGAUGACGAUGAUGAUGAUGAUGAUGAUGAUGAUGAUGAUGAUGAUGAACUGGAAGAAAACAAGGAUCCCUCUUUAGGAUUGACUCCCUGCCUUCUAAUGUAGAAAUGUUUCAAUGGCGGAAGGAAGGAAGGAAGGAAGGAAGGA